AUCUUUCAGAAUUCAUUACCGAAAGAACCGUGUAAUCGAUCUUUAACUUGUCUAGGGUUUCUUCAUGGCAGAAGCCUCGCGGGGUCGUGUUACUAUUACUCUCGGUCGUACUGGCCAGGUGAAAUGGGCUGGACAUACAUCCAGUGGUGAUUUUUCUGAUUCUCAUCAUGUUUCUGGAAGUAAGCGGUCUGUAAGGGAUGGGUUGGGUAGCAAUGUAGAUGGUUCUUUGUUGCAAGGAAGUCAGCUGAACAACAAACGACAAAGAAUUGAUGGUUAUACUACAAGCUUGAAUGCCAAUGGCUUGAAUGACAAAAUCUUCGCUCAACUUAUGCCUUAUGGGACACAUCAAAUGCCUGAUUCUAGGGAGCGAAUACCUGAACCGAGGGAGAGAGUGCCAGACUCUAGAGAAACUAGCAUCCCGGGCAGAAUUCCUUCCACAAGAAGUGCAAACGAUUUUCCUCGUGUUUCCACUUCAAGAAGUCCAUAUUCUCGUUGGACUUUAGAUCAUUUAAGACAGUGCUCUCCAGAUAGAGUAAUGGGUACUUCUAGGGGUAUCUCCCCAAAAAAUGCUGGAGAGAUUCAGAGAAGGCAAGUAAACAAGACAUAUGAUGAUGUCAGAGCAGUUUCAUACAUGGGAAAAGAUAUUUUUGAUGCUCCAGGGCCCGUGAGUACAACAUCUUUUGUUACGAAGUCUAGAUUGCCAACCACUUCAGCAAAGCCCAUUCCACUAGGCCCCCAAAUUCCAGUUCCAAUUCCUCCAAGUAGUAUUGUACAAAAACCUUCCUUUGCGGGUGUUGAGCAACAAACUGUUGAAGGCUUGCUGCAUUCACUGGGGCUGGGAAAGUAUGGGAUUACUUUCAAGGAAGAAGUGGACAUGACUGCACUGAAGCAGAUGGGGGAAAAUGACCUUAAAGAGCUAGGAAUACCUAUGGGCCCUAGGAAAAAGAUUCUUCUUGCUCUCUUGCCCCGUCCCAAAAGGCAGCCAUGAUUUUUCCCUUCUUCAUACUCCAAGGGUAUCUCUCUUUCCGAGUUAAGAAGUGAC